GUCUCGCGGCCGAGAGCUGGCGGCCAGUCAGUCGUGCCGCGCGGCGCCGCGCUCCAUCGCCGCCGAGCGCCUGUGCCUGCUGUCGCUCCGCGCGCUCUACUAUGCGACUCGCGUGCCGCGCUCACUCGUGUUGUGGUGCUUUAUGAUGGUACGGCAUGAGACUGCCAGAUAUGCGGACGUUCCGUGACAGACGUGCUGCUCAACUCACCACCGCCACAAGUGGGCGGAGAGACGGGACGCGUCCUAGGCUGCUCAGGUGAGCGGCCCUUCGCAUCUCACAUCGUUGCACGCUGGCGAAAGACGCUGCGAUCUCGGGGUCGAUAAGGCACUUUGCUGGCUAGACUCGAAUGAAAGAUAGGCUGUGCUGUAACACGAAGUGGCCAGCAGGGUGUGGUGAUGGAGGUGGUAAUACUGAGAGCGAGAGCCCAACUGAAUCGUCUUGUAUCGUCGGGUGAGAGGCGCGCGGGGGGCGGGGAGCGCUCGCCCCGUGCGGAGGGCGGUGGCGGGGCGGCGCGGGGGGGCGCGGGGCGCGAGCGCAACAUGGCGCCUGCCGCGCCCGCGCCGGCGUCCACCGCGCCCUGGCUCAACGCCACGCUCGUCUACAACGCCACCCGGCUCAACGCCACUUUCGACACCGACUUCGAGCUCCUCAGUUCGAACUCCACCGACGAACAUCACCACUGGUUUUGCGCCAAAUGGACCAACGCACAACAAGAUCUCUUUCAGGCGGCAAACUUGUGCUUUGCAAUCGCGUUCCUAGCGCCGAAGAGCUUCAAGCAGAGCAUCCUGGUGCUUCGCGCGCUGGCGGCGGCGGGCGCGGUGCUCAUGGGGCUGUGGGCCGGCGCCGAGGUGUGCGCGCCCGACGUGCUCGCCUGGAGUCUCGCGCUCGUGCUCGUCAACUCUAUACACACUGUCUUUCUUAUCAUUAGGUUUCUUCCUCCAGCGCUAUCCCUCGAGCUGACAGAUCUAUACUUGAAGCUGUUCAAGCCUCUGAAAGUGAACAAGAAGCACUUCACGGAACUCACACGCGAGGCGAGGAUAGUGCGGCUCGAGCCCGGCGAGGCCUACGCGGUCGAAGAAGUCACGCCGGCAGACGAGAGACUGUCUAUUCUUCUUAAGGGAAAGAUGCGAGUGAGCUGUGAUGAAACUCAUCUCCACUACAUACAGCCUUACCAGUUCGUUGAUUCGCCAGAAUGGGAGGCCAAUCGCGAACAAUCAGACGACGUCUUCCAGGUGAGCGUGAUUGCGGAGGAGGUAUCCACGUGCGUGUGUUGGCCGCGCAUGCGCCUGGAGCGCGUAUUGCGUCACCGCCCGGCACUCAAGGUCGUUCUCGACUGCCUUAUAGGCAAAGACAUAACACAUAAGCUGUACUCGGUGAGCGAGGGCCUGGGCGCAGGGGUGGGGGCGGAGCACGAAGGGCAGCCCGCCCACCUCACGCGCUCCGCCAGCGUGGACGCCGUGCACGAAGGCACGCGCGGCCGUUUGCGCAGCAACGCGUGGCGAGCGCGCACCACGCUCACUAAAGGAACAUCAUACUGGCAACCUAUGGUCGCCCGUCAGUUCCUACAGCAAUCACCAUUCGGCCGCAUAGCCCAGCCACCGCGACUGCUGGCGCAAGCGUCGUCAGCGAGCCUACAGCCGGCGGCAGCGACACGGCGCCGCAGCCCUCCGCGGCGGACCACGUCGUUCCGCCGCGGCAGGGAGGUGAAGUUCGCCGAGAUGACGAUAGCGUCCGAGCCGGCCGUGUGACGCGGGCCGCGGCUCCAGCCCGAGCUGGUGCCGCUCGUCUCGCCACACACAUUCUCGCCCACACACACGUCGCCGUCUCUCAAGACGCCCUGACCGUUAGCCGAGCGAACGGAUUCGCCUCGUACCACUGAUUUCUAGCAAGCAUUCAUCAUUCACUGUGAAGUUACCCCCGGUGCCCUUGCAAUCGAGUGCUGCAUUUUAACAAUAAAUAGUAAGUGAAAUGCGAAAGAUAAGAAUUUCCAUUAGUGAUUUCGGUUCAUUCACAAAAAGAGCUUCCUGUUAUAAAAUAUUCAAUAUUUAUUUUGUUACUUGUAUAACGAUUUCUCGUUCGCUCGAAAUAAGACUCGUACGGCGGAACUUUGAUAAAAAGCCUGCCAAGGCACUGAUCUAACAAAGUGGAAUCCUAGUGUAAGUUGAAUAUGAUAAUUUAAUGAGUGCCGGUGUCAUUGUAAUUGUGUGAGUAGUCUAGCGGCAAUGUAUCAACUGUGUGCAUUACAGUGUACAUAAUUACUAAACGCUCAAGUAUCUACCCGAAAGGACACUACGCUAAAGUGAAAAAUUUUAUAAUUGCAAAAUAAUGCGAAGAGAGCGAUAUUAGUUACAUAAUACUGAUAGAUUAAUGGAAUUGUAAUUAUUGUACCUAAUUUUUUAGCAAUUGAUAAUUCAAAUGUGGAAUUCUAAAAGUAUUUUAAUGUUAAAGUAAUUAAUUGUUUAUUAGUGGUAAGAUGUGUUAAAUUCGUGAUAAAAUAUUAAAGUUAC